GACCCAAACAUGGCGACGGAGAGCUGCGAAAAGUGCUGAAUUCUGUCUACAUUUCGACAAAAUCGCGAAGAUCGACUGCUCGGGACGUUCAUACAGCAGCCGAUGCUAAACAUGGUCCGAACCGCACUGAAAGAUCAAAAAGACAGUAAGAAGGAUAAAGUGGGCCGGAGCAUGUCUCUCACAGGUCCUGGACCAGUCAAAGUGACGGAGUCAUUCUCAUGGGAGGAGUAUUUGAAAGAAACCUCGUCUGAUCCUGCUCCUCCCGGCUGCUUCAGACAGUCUCGGAUUCCUCCCUCCAACGAGUUCAAGGUGGGGAUGAAGCUGGAGGCCCGGGACCCACGUAACUCCACCUCCACCUGCAUCGCCACGGUGAUGGGCUUGAUGGGCGCAAGGCUCCGCCUCCGUCUGGACGGCAGCGACAGCACCAACGACUUCUGGCGAUUGGUCGACUCCGCCCACAUCCAGCCAAUCGGAACCUGCGAGAAAAACGGAGACAUGCUGCAGCCGCCGCUGGGAUUCAGGAUGAACGCCUCGUCGUGGCCCAUGUUUCUCCUGAGGACCCUUAAUGGAGCAGAAAUAGCACCUGCCACGGCAUUUAAAAAGGAGCCGCUGCGGCCGCCUCAGAACGGCUUCAAGCCCGGCAUGAAGCUGGAGGCCGUGGACAAGAAGAACCCGUACCUGAUCUGUCCAGCCACCAUUGGCAAGGUGAAGGGGGAAGAGGUGUUUGUGAUGUUUGACGGCUGGAGGGGGGCGUUCGAUUACUGGUGCCACUAUGACUCCAGGGACAUCUUCCCCGUGGGCUGGUGCUCGGUCACCAAACACAGCCUGCAGCCGCCCGGAAACAGCAUCGCCGUUUCAAAGCCAGGUCCUACACCUUCCUCCUCCUUGUCCUCUUCCUCUAACCCUAAACCGCCCCGGCGCUCCAUGCCGUCUCCUUACCGGCUGCCGACUCCUCUUCCUCAACUCCCCGUGCGGAAGGGCAUUAGGGGACGGCGGCCAAAAAGCGAGACCAUCGCGCUGCUGAAAGCCCUGGCUGUUUCCACUGCAGCCCAGGAAAUAGAAGAUCAAGGAGAAGCCAUGCCCCAAACUGCGCCCAUUUCCCAGCAUCCCCUGCGUCCAUACAAGAAGAGGGGACCUAAACCGGGCAACAAGAGGAAGCCCAGACUCCUCCAGAGUGCCAUGUCUAUAGCAACUAGCUCAGACUCCAGGGUCACCAUGACUCAGAUGUCCAGCGAAGGUCUCUCUCCUCUGGGAUCCCCCUCAUCUGUGGUGUCUACUGUGUGUGUAUAUGUGAACAAACACGGAAACUGUGGCCCACAUCUGGACCGUAAACAGGUUCAGAGACUGCCAGAUCACUUCGGGCCAGAGGCGGUGAAUCUGGUUCUGCAGCAGACAGUUCAGGCCUGUCUGGACUGUGCGUACCAGCCCAAAGUGCUUCUGGGAUGCCUGCAGAGCCAAGGCGGCGGAGGAGAGGUGGUCAGAGUCCGAACAGAUGGUGGGAAGCGGCUGGUGAAGCUGCCUUCGGCGUCGAGCUCCGGGUUUGUGUUGCGCUUCCUGGAGCGAGUGUGUCGACACCUUCAGUGUGAUAAUCUGUUCAGCAGUCAACCGUUAAGUCCACACAACACCUACGACCGUGCUAAAUCAGUCAAAGAGGAGAUGUUGUCAGACGGUCCAUCUCUGAGCAGAGGUGUGAAGCGGAUCUCCAGAGACUCUCCGCCGUACUGCGCUCCUCUCUCCCCGAAGCUCCUGCACACAGACACACACCCGUCAGAAGCGGAGACUCUUCCUCCAGAGCAGAAUGGAUUACUGAAGGAGCAGCGCUACAUGGACUCCGCCUCUAAUUCCAUGACGCCCCGCCCACAGACCUUGAGAAGCACCUCAGAGUACCAAUCACCACCCAGCAGCCCGUAUUACCAUGGCAACGGCCCGCCUCUACGCAGACAGGCCUCCAACCCCGUCACACAGACACACAGACGAGUGGAGGCCGCCAGCUCCACCACCGGUCCUGAGACACCAGCCGACCUUCCCAGAAUCCCCGGCAGGAGCCCGUCUUCCUGGUCCAUAGAGGAAGUGAUGCAGUUUGUGCGGGACGCGGACCCAACAGCGCUGGCUCCACAUGCAGAGCUCUUCAGAAAACACGAGAUCGACGGGAAAGCUCUGAUGUUACUGAGGAGCGACAUGGUGAUGAAGUACAUGGGUCUGAAGCUGGGACCGGCGCUCAAACUCUGCCACCACAUCGAGAGACUCAAGCAGAGCAAGCAGUGAAGCAGCACACGGACAGAACACGCUGCUGGGAAACAUUAACACACACACCUGGACGCUCAUCUGCAGCCAGAGCACACUGUGAGGAACAUUAGUGCUGUUCUCUGGGAACGACCGGUGCGUUGGGGAUGCCAUCUCGUCUCCCCAAAGACGCAGACGCUUUACGGGCCGAUCAUCUCACCGAUAGUGCUGGUGUUUGAGUCUGGCGUUGGCUAUUUAUCGCUCUACCUCCCUGUGACGUCAUACAGCUGUUUCUGGAAUCACUUACAGCCACAUGAAAACGUUUCAUUCGUGUAUUUUAGUUCAAACAAAACACGUCAUGUUUCGUAACCCUAAAGGAAAAGUUCGGCCAGUCGUCAUUAUUUACAGUCCAAACCCGUGCUUCUUUGUUUUUUUCCGUCGAACACAAAAAGAGACGUUUUGUAGAAUGUUCACGCUGCUCGUUUUCAUGCAGUUCUGCUACAUUGGUGGAAUCAUUUUUGACCAGACAGACGCUUUAAACUGUUUGUUUUCAUUUGGUUGGAGAUUUAAGUUGUUCACUGGUAAAAAAAUUACUUUAAUGUUUGGAAGAUUACGUCAAAAUAAUAUUAAUAGCAUAGUUUGGAACCAAUAGAUUUAAGUAAAUCGCAUCAGAACGAUAAAAAAAUUCAGGCCUAAAAUUGGCAUUUAUGUAUUUGAAUUGUACAUCAAAUUUUCAUCCUUUUGGAUUACACAGUUUUAAUAUUAAUGUAAUAGUAAACAUAAUGCAAUUUAUAUUUGUCAAGUCAUGCAUGAAUUAAAAAAACGGAACAGAUUUUUGCCGUCAAAAUCAUGGCAUGGUUAUAUUUGAAAAUUUAAAUAUUUUCAAAAUCCAUUUAUUCAAACCGCUUAGAAUCAGCAUAAACUGUUAAUUGUGAAAACAGUUACAUUUAUUCCGUUUAAAAGUAUAAACAAGGUUAAAUGUGACGAGUGGAACAAGCAAUACUUGAUUAGUUAAAAUGUAUGAGAUCAAAAUUACACAUAUAUGUGACCCUGGAG